GGGAGUGUUUGUGAACACAGCCAGAUGAUGACAAAGAGUGUGUACGAACUCAGAUAAGUUCUGUAGAUACUUGAAAAUAAGUAUACAACACGUAAUGCUCAACAAAACAGUUUUCCUUGGAGUUUUAACACUGUUGUCUGUUGCCAAGACAGACGACUGGAAGCCAACGUCAUGGGAACAAUGCCGGACAAACGCCGACUGUAACAACACCGCCCUGUGUUGCUCCAUCACGCCCGCACUGGGGCGACGUCGCCAACUGUUCCCUCUUGAGGUCAACUACUGUUUGCCCUACAAAUCUAUGGACGCCCCAUGGUGCUCACUGAGGCUGCAGUACUCCGACGCUGCCCCAAAUUACCACGGCCUGUGUCCUUGUGGGCCAGGACUAAAGUGUGCUCCUUCCGAUGACCUUGAUCCCAAACAUUACCCGAAGGACCGUUAUGGCAAAUGUAUGUCGGUAUAAUCCAAGAACGGGUUCAUAGCAACUAUUGGAAACCUUCCAAAACCAUUCAUAAUGCCAUCGAAUGAAUAAAAUAAACCGAUGUCUGCGAA